UCAAGCUAGCAGAGAGGUAGAGGUUAGCCUCAAAAAUCUUUGUAUAGACAGAAGUGUCUGGCCAUUAUUUUAAACUUGUUAAUAUACAAUAAACAUGUUUAGAUUUGCAUCUCCUAAAAGUUUCUUUUCAUAAUGUUUUUUUAGUCUUUCGCAACUCUUUGCCUUGAUAUAUUUCGUAUUAGUUUAGUUGGUUAGUUUAGCGAUGUUUACAGAGCUGAACAGUAUCCUGAACACCUCCCCAGACAGCUUUACACCGGGAGAGUUUAUCUUGGUGUCUGACAGACAGAGUGAUGCCUCUUUCCUCAUUCAUCACUUCCUCUCGUUCUACCUCAGAGCGCGUUGCAAAGUCUGUUUUCUGGGUCUGGUUCAGUCCUUCAGCCACUACAGUGCAGUCAUUCAAAGACUGGGUGUCAGUUUAACCCAAGCGAAGGAGAAAGGCCAGCUGAUGUUCCUGGAGGGACUGAAGGAGUCACUUUCUAUUUUGAUUCCUCAAGAAGGAAGCACAGAAUGUCAGGCCAUGGACUUCCUCAGGGACCCUGCUGUUGGCCUGCGGAGUCUGUACGAGUUUGUUCGGUCCAGUGUGACUAGUUCUGGUGGUGGGGAGGAUGUGGCAGAGGAGUGGGGUCCGCCUGUGCUGCUGGUGGACGACCUCAGUGUACUGUUGAGUCUGGGGGUCAGCACUGGAGCCGUGUUGGACUUCAGCCACUACUGCAGAGCUGCAGUCUGCUCUCAGCUGCAGGGAAAUAUGGUGAUGCUGGUACGAUGCAAUGGGGAAGAAGAGGAGGAUGGAGAUGAUGAAGGCUCAGAGCGGCUGUUGAAGGGCCUGACUCAUCAGUGUAGCCUUACUCUUCAUGUUCAGGGUCUCCCGACCGGUUACUGCAGGGACAUACACGGACAGGUAGAGGUAUGUUGGAGGAGGAGACAGGGUGAUGGGCAGCAUGCACAGAAGAAACUCUUUCAGUACAAGGUCCAUGAUAAAGGAGCAUCCUUCUUCGCCCGUGGGACAUCUAGCGUUGUCCUCUAGUACCACCUUUUGGCAUCCUCGUGUGGCUCUUCUGCAUAGUACAACUAAUCGGACACAAGCUACUAUAUUAUAAAAUGUCAUCUGGAAGCUUUAUAUUUGGUUGAUGGCUAAUUUUAGGAAAAGAGAGACUGUAGGAGGAACUAUGAGACCCUGAUGUCUUAUUUACAGCCUGGCGUGAGAUGAUCAGCAAAACCAAAUAUUUCUGCUUAUGCUAAUAAUUUGUGCUUUUUUUUUUGUUUUGUUUUUUUUUUUGUUUUGUUUUGUUUUUGUUUUUGACAGAACUUGCAGAUGAGUUCUCAAAAUUAUGGGACAGUAAAUGGACAAAAACUGUCUGGUCUUUAUUUAGUGAGCCAAUAAAAUGAAUAAAUAACAUCAAAAGAAAAAUAUGAAGUCUGAAAUAAAUAAAUAACGUGAA